AUGUCGCACUCGCGGUCCUCGUCUUUAUCCUCCGCUUCGUGCUGUUCUGGCGCGUCCGCCUACGCUAGUAGCUCACUUCUCAACUAUGGCCUCGACCUCGACCCAGCGGCUCCAGAAACCCCUCGCCCCGAUUCACCCUCUUGGGCAACUCUCCAACACAUGGAUGCCAUCGGGGACUCGUUCGUCGAGAGUUACGAAGAGUCCAGUCGGAAAUCACUGCGACAAAGACCGUUAACCAUCGACAGGAUCAAGGAAGAAUGGCGAAAGGGCUUCUUUUUUGGAGAAAAGGAGGGUGCCAUCGACGACGACGAAACCCAACCUCACACGAUUGAGGACCACGGCGACCACGAUUCCUUCGAGGACGCGACUCUGUCCACCGACGCCACGAGCAGCCUAUUGACGCCGGGAGACUGUAGCGACGCGACGUCGAGCCUCGGCCACCACCAUCACCAUCAAGACGAGAUCGUCGACUGUUACUUCGACCGAGAACCGGCCCCAGAACAUCCUCGAUCAUCACCGCAAGAUAACGCGGUCGCUUGGUGGGAGGACGACCAAGUCACUGGGACUUCGCCCCAUCUCGAUCAGCCCACUCGUACGCUGAAGCGCUACACUCGUUCAGACGAGACCCAUGGCAACAGUCCAAAUAAUUUGUUGGACGCGUUUCCGUCAGUCCCAGGGGGGCACGUCUACUACACCGGUCGAACGAAAGGACUGCACCCCGGUAUCCUUGCAGACGAUCAAAGGGCGACAGCGCGACCAGGAACAAGUGAUUUGAAGGUCCACGAUGCUGGUGAGGCCACCCGUCGAGGCCUCUACCAGUCGAAAUCCGCCUCGUGUCUCGCACCAACUCUACGUCACUCACAGUCUACAAACGUAGAAAAUCCGUCCCCCCUUUUCGACACUCGUCCCCUCUUGCUUGCCAGACCAGUCAAGAAGCGUCAAAAAAGCUCUGGUUCCACUUCUUCCUCCGAUGUUCCUCCUUGCCCCAGCGCAGGCAGUCUGGCCGAGUACAAGUUUAGAAAGCCGUCCACAGACAGCCCUUCCUUCGAACUAGGUGGAGUGCGCGAUGUCCACGCGGGGCCGCGAAGCACAACUACUCCAACAAACCCACCUUCCAGAUCGCCUAUUUUUCCGGCUGGACGUCGAUAUCACUACACAAAGCCACACCAUCUUGCUGUGGGCAUCAAAGAUGUACACGAGACAAGCCUGGGGAAACCGACGCUCUUGUUUCACCAUCCAACUGCCACUUUUUCCACACCAACAAUCGACCAUUUCCGAGGAUUGACGCCAACUGCUUCGAGCGAAGACGUCGGAAAGAUGGGAAAAAUCAAAAAGCGUUCAAGUCGAAUUGGGAUGUUUGUCGGGAAGGUCCUCCACAGCAUGGGAGGUGGAUCGCUGGGUAGCCAUCCGCCCCCCAUCCCAGGUUCACCGAGAAGAUAA